UGAAUCCAUGCAAUGGAAUGUUGCGAUGGUGUCAGUCGACCGUCCGAGAAUUGGGCGGAUACGGCGGCAUUCUACAAGACAUUCGGCCACUAUCAACAUAUAGCGCACCAAAGUCCAACGCAACUCGUAGGAAAGGACGUGUCUGCCCAGUAUAUGACACUCAUGACAAUGCCUCCUCGUUGUCAGGCGUGGUACACACUCGAACGGACCCCUGUGGUGUAACACUAUCAGACGCUCGCAUUCCAACAGUCAUAGGGCAGGAGGAAGUGC